AUGCCACCCACAUUCAUGUACGACGUUCCGCUCGAUGUCCAACACCAAUGGCUCGAGAUGACGGACUUCUCCGUCAACGAUCUUCGGCGACUGGGCAAUAAAUACAACCAAAUCUGCAUUCCAAUACUAGAUCCACGCUUCUUCUACGAGCGAAUGAUUACAGAAGGAAUGGCUGCCAGAGAUGCAGCUGAGCUGGACCAGAAGGCAAAAGACCGUGCCGACGAACUAACCAGAGAGCAAUAUGCAUUCAGUGACCAAAUGCUCGGCGACAGUUUCUACCCAGGGAAAAUUUGCUUGACAGCAGACUCGGCAUGGCACGUUCGCCUUGCCUGCAGCUCAUACAGCAUACAGAGAUGGAUUACAGCCAUUUGCUCAGCCAUGUACCCUGGGGGAGUCAAGAUGGCCCGAGAUGGACAUCCAAACAGCGACCAUGGAUGUUCCAAAGAAGAAGUAGAAGAAGAAGAAGAAGAAGAAGAAGAAGAAGAAGACGACGGCGAGGUCGACCUUAACUUUGAGACGCAGGACGAACCUUAUUACUACCAGAUUCUCAGAAAUAGCGACGGGAAUCGCCACGAGGGUCGCAUCAUUCAGCAUUUGGGAGACAUAGCGGCUGCGGAACCGCUGCCGUGCUCGAAGGAAACGCCUCCAUCCUCUUGUCCGUCUUCAGUCCCGCAGGAAAAGCUGCUCUUGGAUGACUCGGCGUCGACACUCGCCAGCACGCUAUCCCCUCCCGACCUGUCCGCCGCCAACACGAGCCAAGAGAAGCCACCUACGGAAGAAGUCACGGCUGACAAUCUGCUCCACGACGGCAAAACCGCAAGGACCGCUGCCGCGCCUGAUGCUUGCUCACCCUCGACCAGCCGAGACUCGGCACCAACGGCGGAAGGCGCGGCGCAGGCGAACGGUGACGAGCUGCAGGGUGAAUUCUCCGAUGCGCAGCAGCCCGGCAGUCCGGCCCGUCGCGCGGACACGGAUUCGCCAGCAAAGGGCAAAAGAAGGCGUUCUGAGGACGAGGCCCCGGAUGACAACAGGGCAUGCAAGCGGAGUCGUGCGUCUCCUGAGAGGGGGUAA